GCGGCGGGAGUUACCAUGUUUCCUGUGUCCUUGUGAGAUGGAAGAGAGAUGUAAUUCUUUAAUGAAGACAGACGGGAGCCAAAACAUUACUGAACAUUACAGUACAUCACAGUUUCCUCAGUAUCGCCCUUGAAAAUGGAUUUCAUGUUCCUCAUAGCAAGCGCAGCAGGAGCGAUAGCCACCCUUGCUGCUGCUGCUAUUGCAGCACUGAUUGUGGUAAAAAGUCUCAGUUCUUUUAAGAAGUGGACAAAUAAGGACAGUGAGCCUAUGAGAAAACCUCGUAAAAAAGUCUUUCUCAUGAUACCAACAAACGGGAAACAGGAAACACAUGAAGAAUCAAGGAAGAAGCAACAGGAAUCACACAAGGAAUUGGGCAAGAAAGAAAAGGAAAUCCCGGAAGAACUCAAUGACAGGGAACAGAACUACGGAGAACCGAAUGACGAGGAACGGGAAACCGAUGAAGAACUGAACGACGACCAACAGGACCACAAGGAACCAAAUGACAAGGAACAGGAGACCCACAAAGAACUGAACAAGAAGGAAGAAGAAACUCAGGAAGGAUUGAAUGAAAAGGAACAGGGCAGCCAAACUUUGAGUCGUAGUUCCAGGAGCAACAGCCCAGAAGAGGACGCGGUCCCCGCACCGAGGGCUUCUGCACCAUCACCCCUACCAUUAGGCGUCGGGAUGUCUGUGGUCGGCAUUGACCUCGGCUUUCUCAACUGCUACGUCGCAGUAGCGAGGAGCGGCGGCAUCGAAACCAUCGCCAAUGAGUACAGCGACAGGUGUACGCCAGCGUGUAUAUCUUUGGGAUCAAGAACACGAGCCAUUGGAAAUGCAGCUAAGAGCCAGAUAGUCACGAAUGUAAGAAAUACAAUUCAUGGUUUCAAAAAACUUCAUGGGCGAUCUUUUGACGAUCCUAUUGUGCAAACUGAAAGGAUCAGGCUUCCCUAUGAGCUGCAGAAGAUGCCAAAUGGAAGUGCAGGGGUUAAGGUGCGAUACCUAGAAGAAGAAAGACCUUUUGCAAUUGAGCAGGUUACUGGGAUGCUGUUGGCUAAGCUUAAAGAGACUGCAGAAAAUGCUUUGAAGAAACCAGUGGCUGACUGUGUGAUUUCAAUUCCUAGCUUUUUCACUGAUGCUGAGAGAAGAUCUGUGAUGGCUGCAGCCCAAGUUGCAGGUUUAAAUUGUUUAAGGUUAAUGAAUGAAACUACUGCAGUUGCACUAGCAUAUGGAAUUUAUAAACAGGAUCUUCCUCCAUUAGAUGAGAAACCAAGAAAUGUAAUAUUUAUUGAUAUGGGACAUUCUGCCUACCAGGUCUCGGUUUGUGCUUUUAACAAAGGAAAACUUAAAGUCUUGUCUACUACCUUUGAUCCAUAUUUGGGUGGCAGGAACUUUGAUGAGGUUUUAGUAGACUACUUCUGUGAAGAGUUCAAGACAAAAUAUAAGAUAAAUGUCAAAGAAAACUCUCGGGCCUUGUUGCGUUUAUAUCAGGAAUGUGAAAAACUAAAGAAGCUAAUGAGUGCAAAUGCAUCAGAUCUUCCACUGAACAUUGAGUGUUUCAUGAAUGACCUUGAUGUUUCUAGUAAAAUGAACAGGGCUCAAUUUGAACAAUUAUGUGCUUCCCUCUUAGCCAGAGUUGAACCACCAUUAAAAGCAGUAAUGGAACAAGCUAACUUACAACGUGAAGACAUAAGUAGUAUAGAAAUUGUAGGGGGAGCAACACGAAUUCCUGCUGUGAAAGAGCAAAUCACUAAAUUCUUUCUUAAAGACAUAAGUACCACACUAAAUGCUGAUGAAGCUGUUGCAAGAGGAUGUGCAUUACAGUGUGCGAUUCUCUCACCAGCAUUUAAAGUGCGUGAAUUUUCCAUAACAGACAUUGUUCCCUAUUCAAUCACAUUAAGAUGGAAGACCUCUUUUGAAGAUGGAACUGGGGAAUGCGAAGUAUUCUGUAAGAACCAUCCUGCCCCAUUCUCAAAAGUCAUUACUUUCCACAAGAAAGAACCAUUUGAACUAGAAGCAUUUUAUACUAAUUUACAUGAAGUGCCUUAUCCAGAUCCAAGAAUUGGGAACUUUACCAUUCAGAAUGUUUUCCCACAAUCUGAUGGUGAUAGUUCCAAAGUUAAGGUUAAAGUUCGUAUUAAUAUCCAUGGAAUCUUCAGUGUGGCUAGUGCAUCUGUAAUUGAGAAGCAAAAUAUAGAAGGGGAUCACAGUGAUGUUCCUAUGGAGACAGAAACUUCUUUUAAGAAUGAAAGCAAAGAUGAUGUGGAUAAAAUGCAGGUUGACCAAGAAGAAGGAGGUCAUCAAAAAUGUCAUGCUGAACACACUCCAGAGGAAGAAAUUGACCAUACAGGAACCAAAACAAAGUCUGCUUUCUCAGAGAAACAAGAACGACUGAACCAGAACAUUAAAAAAGGAAAAGUCAAGAGUAUUGAUCUACCCAUCCAGAGUAGCCUGUGUAGACAACUGGGCCAAGAUCUUCUCAACAGCUACAUUGAAAAUGAGGGGAAGAUGAUAAUGCAGGAUAAGUUAGAGAAAGAAAGAAAUGAUGCAAAGAAUGCUGUUGAAGAAUAUGUAUAUGAUUUUAGAGACAAGCUUGGCACUGUCUAUGAAAAAUUCAUCACUCAAGAAGACUUGAAAAAACUGUCUGCAAUAUUGGAAGACACAGAAAAUUGGCUUUAUGAAGAAGGAGAGGACCAACCUAAACAAGUAUAUGUGGAUAAGCUUCAAGAAUUAAAGAAAUAUGGCCAGCCUAUUCAAAUAAGGUACAUGGAACAUGAAGAAAGACCAAAAGCUUUAAACGACUUGGGAAAAAAGAUCCAACUUGUCAUGAAAGUGAUAGAAGCAUACAGAAACAAGGAUGAAAGAUACGAUCAUUUGGAUCCUGCUGAAAUUGAAAAGGUUGAAAAAUAUAUCAGUGAAGCCAUGAGUUGGCUGAACAGUAAGAUGAACGCACAGAACAAACUAAGUCUCACUCAAGAUCCUGUGGUGAAAGUUUCAGAAAUAGUUGCAAAGUCGAAGGAACUGGAUAAUUUCUGUAACCCCAUCAUUUAUAAGCCCAAACCGAAAGUAGAGGUUGCUGAAGACAAGGCAAAAGAUAAUAGUGAGCACAACGGACCAAUGGAUGGACAGAGUGGGACUGAAACCAAACCAGAUUCAACAAAAGACAACUCACAGCAUACUAAAUCUGCUGCAGAGAUGGAAGUGGACUAAGUCUUAACUUUACCUUCACGUAAUUCAAAUAGUGCAAGUAACCACAGAGUCCAUUCUUCUUCUUUUACAUCUGGUACACACAACAGAUGUUUAGUUGCUCUUAACCACUUUCUGUCAUUUGUUUUUUGGAGUAGUUUUGAAAAGUGUUUUAUAUUGAGUGCACCUAUGUUCAUUUCCAUUGCUGCUUAUGUGAAGCUUUAGCUGAAUAUAGAUAAACAAGUCAGUUUAAGCUUUCCUAAUCUAUUUUAUGUCAAACAUGCAAGACUGAUAAGUAGUUGGCAACAAUCUACCUUAUUUAAAGCUUCUACUUGGAUAAACCUCAGCUCCUUUAUUCAGGAAAGGAUACUGUAUUGCACUAUUGUUGCAGAAGCAUAGAUUUAAUUGCAUCAUUGUUUUUAAAAACAUUGAAACUGAUAUGGUUUACAGCCACCAGGCACUGACCUUUUGUAGUUACUGUGUUGUUAGAAUUUAAACAUUAAAACAAAUAGGUUCCUUGACAAACUAUUCCAUCUCAGUUGUGUGCCAUGAGGACUCCAAAACUUUAUUAUCAUAUAAAUGAACUAAAACACACACUGAAGGGGAAAGUGCACAAUUUUAUGUUAAGGUGACACCAGCAGU